GGCACGGGCACGCGGAGAGACGGGAUUUAGCUGAGCGGCCCACGUCCGGAGAAAACCCCCGAGAAUAGGCUGCGGCUCCUCAGAUCCAGGGCGCCGGUCCGCCCUGAAAUCCCCCGCGUGCGCCCCCAGCCUAUCCGCGGCCGGCGCGUCGUCGACCUCUUUCCUCCCCUCCCCCCCAACCCCUUUCUCCUCUUCUCCUCGCGCAGAGGGAAGAAGAGAGAUUGGUUGGUCAGUCCUCUCUUCCUUCCUCCCCGAAUGGAAGAAGAUUGGUCAAUCCCGCACGAAUAAGUAGCGGGGCUCUCUCCCUCUCUCGCUCGCCCGUCGCCCCCCACCCCGUUCGUUGUCUAGCUUGAUUCGAUCGAUCCCAGACGGAUAUUACUUCUUGCUGGCCGUCUUCCAUUACUGCCCGGUUGGUUGGAUUAGAAAUUUCCUCCCUUUCGUUCCUUCUGAGGUCCAUACAGUACUCAGCAUUUAUUUGCGUGAUCAGCAUCUAUUUCCUUCCUUCGAACAAGAACAUAUACACAUCCAAGAUCCUGCCCGAGAUAGAAAACACGAUGGCGGCGAUGAGCGCCGAGUCUGAGGGCGCGACGACCGACGACGAUGUGCAUCUUUCCCCCAGCAGUGUCUGCAGCAGCGCCAGCGGCGGCGGCAGAGGGGGAGGAGGAGGAGCAAGAGGAGGAGGAGGAGCAGUCAGCGGCGGCGUGCGCUUCAAGAUCCUCUGCAGCUUCGGCGGCCGCAUCAUGCCCCGGCCGUCCGACGGCGCCCUCAAGUACAUUGGGGGCGAGACCCGAGUCCUCGCCGUGCACCGCUCCAUCCCCUUCGCCAAUCUGAAGAAGAAGGUGGAGGAGAUGUUCAGGACGGAGGUGGCGGCCAUCAAGUACCAGCUCCUCUCGGAGGACCUCGACGUGCUGGUGUCCGUCACCUGCGACGAGGACCUGGUACACAUGCUAGACGAGUACGACCGCUUCGAAGCCAAGCGGUCGCCGUCGGCCUCGCCGCGCUUCCGCGUCUACGUCUUCGCGUCGUCGCCACCGCCGCAGCACGCCUUCGUCUCGCCAGCCGCCGCCGCCAGCAUUUCCUCAUCAUCCUCCUCCCGUCACGCAAGCUACGCCCGCAGCCAGCAGCAAUAUCACCAGCUCCAGCAGCAGCAGCACCGCCAUGGCCACCACUUCCAGCCCGAUCGCUACGUGGCCACGGUGCCGUCGACGCCCAACGGGAGCCCGCCGUACCCGGACCAGCCCAACGGCGUCGUCUCGGCGGGGAAUUCCCCGCGCGCACCCAACAUCGUGGCCGAGCAGCAGCCCGUGUUCCGCGCGGGCGGGAUGCAGCGUGUCCGGAGCUCGCCCAAUCUCGGCGGCCUGAACGGGACCCUGCAGCAAUUCAACCAGCACGCCGGGGAAGACGGCGGCCUGUCUGGGUACAUGAGCAGCUCGCCAGUGCACGCGGCGGCCAGUCCUCUCAUCUCGCAGGGCAGCAACUACAGCAGCCAUUACCGCCACCCACAGCAGCACCAGUACGCUCCAGCGCCAGUGCCGGUGCCCGUGCCGCUCCAUGGCGGCGGGGCCGGGAGAUACGACGCGCCGCGCGGCUAUGCCAGGGGUGGCAGCAGCUACAUGGCGGCUCCAAUGGUGCCGGCACUCCGGUCGGGUCGUCCCGUCACGAGGGUCGGUGCGCCGACGUAUGGCGAGAUGCAGACGCCGAAGAAGACGGCGACGAUAUGGGACUGACGGGCUGACGGCCGGUCGCGCGCCGGGGAGGGACUGGUCUUGAUUUUGCAGCGGUUCGGGGACUCUGGAGGGCAGCGGCAAACUCUUGCUUGAGAUGUAAAUAGAUGGAUGCAUAUUUCGCGCAGCCUUGUUUGUUUGUAGGCUGUUUCGUUGUUGAAAUGUUGUAAUCCAGGCUGAGAAGUAACAAAUGUUCGAAACAAACUCUUCGUCUUU